AUGGCGUUUUGGUCGAACCAUUCGCGCAAUGAGCUCAGCUCAACUCCAGCCGGUGGACACUCGGUCUCCCCUGUGCGAGCAUCACCGGCACGCUCGAGAAUCACCGAGGCCGAUAUACUUGAAAGUGCCUAUGGCAUACCGACUUUACCUGUUCCUUCACGUGAACUCCACGGGCCUUCGAAUGGAACAGCCACCACGUCCAACCCUCGACGGGCUACACAUGGGCGUUCGAUGAGCCAUCCGUUCCCCUCAUUAUUUCCCGGAAAGAAGAAGCAGCUCAGUGACAAAGCUGGUGGGCCGGGGUUUGAAUCGACAGAUGAUGACUCCGGCUCGUCGCACUUUGCACAAAACCCGUCACCGAUUUCGAGUAUCAGACAGGGGAAACUGCCUGAUAGAGAUCUGACGACUGGGAAAUGUAUGACAUGCGAUUCUCUAGUGCGCUGGCCGAAGGAAUUGAAGGUCUUUAGGUGUACAGUAUGCCUGACCAUCAAUGAUCUUAAGCCUAUUACUUUGGAGGCUCGGCGUGGGGACGGCCAUAGAGCACCUGUUUCAGGCAAUUCUGGGACUUUUGGGCCAUUUUAUACGCAGAGAGUUCCUACGUUGUCCCUUGAGAAGACGAAAUGGCUUAUCGAUCAAUGUAUCACCUCGUACCUACUGGAUAGGUUAAAACAUGAUGAUGGAUCAACUUCAAGCUCCGUUCCAUCUCCACCACAGUCACCGGUAUUGGGACCGCCAGGAUCACGUAUUCCUCGCCGCCCAGUUGGGUCGGGGGAAGCUCCUCCAAACAUCUCGAUCCCCGCUUCCCGCGGUGCAGACCCUGGUCCUUCAGCAGUCAAAUUUCCUAGCUCCGAUAUGGAACCAAGAGAGUCGAUAGGCCGUACAUUUCAAUCAAAUGGCCCCUACGGUGGUUAUAAUACUGCACCCACCCGCUAUAGGCGGAACGGGAAGGGAGAUGGUGUACCAGAAGACGAAAUUGUCAGUACUCGAAAUCUUUUCAAACCGUUGGAGGAUUACAUCGUUACAUCGUUCGGUUCCUUCGAGUGCAUCAACACAUCAUUUCUUGUAGGGCGAGCUCCUCUGACACCGAGAGCACAUAGCGAAGGAGCCAAACGACGGGUUCCAUCAACACCUCAAAGGUAUACUGGGAUAUAUGUGCCUUUAUCAGAAUUAGAUGCCAAAACCCUUCUACUUGGAGAUUUUGCAGAAAAUGGAUCUUGGUGGACUGGAGGUCGGACUGAUAUAAGUCCAGGUCCCUCUCGCACACAUCGCAAGAGCGGCGAUAAUCCAAACAGCAUGACUGGUUUUGUUACUGUUAAGUCGCCUCGAAUUGACUGGCCCGAAAUCAACGAAUGGUACUAUACUGUUGUUAAUGCUGGGAGAUCGUGGAGGUGGCGGUUGGAUAACCUGGUAUCCUCCGAUCCUUAUACAUUAGACGUGAACCGCCUUUCAGAUCUGGAGCUUGCUGAAAUUGGCAAUGAAAUUAUGGAGGCACAAUCUCAUACUCAGAGGGUUCUUCUGAAAGCCACCGAGAGUCUCUUGAAGCGACCGGGGCGUCCUCUGCUUAACCCUGAUGACGCGCGGUUUCUCUUGAUAAUUCUUGCAAACCCUUUGCUAUAUCCCUCGCAUGUGGCAUCGAGAAUGAGGGAAAAGAGCAAGUCUCGAUCAUUGUCCCGAGAUGACAGUGGAACAUUCAAAUUAGGAGGUUUCGAACCGGGCAAGACAUCCAUGCCAUCAUCUAGCCCCCGGAACCAGAAUGUUCGCAAAGGAAGCUCUGGACAACACUCAGCCAUUAUAAAACGAAUAUUGGGUCUCAUGUCGAAUCUUCCGAAUGAGUGUCAUCACCAUUUCGUUUCAUGGUUUGCCAGAUAUUCAGACAGUCAGUUCCAAAGAACAGUAGAUUUGAUUGGAAGUUUUGUGACCUACAGGCUCACAAGGCAACAUGGCAAGAAGCGCGAGGCCAAACAUGACUUUACUGCAGGCCUUGUACCCAACUUGAGUGCAUCAGGAGGAAGUAGCUCAGCGGCUCUCCAUGCUGCACUCGGCAUCUCCGGCCAGUCUCCCAAAAAGAGUGAUGGUAAGCCACAACCGGUCGUUUAUAACGACGAUUGGCAGAUCAAAGCUGCCGCUCGGGUUAUGGCUUUGCUAUUUUCUGCAAAUAAUAGCGGAUUGGCGACAAAGGGGACUCGCUCAUCAGCAGCAACCCCAGAGGCUAGUCAAAGCAUCAGCGAAGCUUCUCGUGGGAGAGCUCAUCACAAUGGUCAAAUUUUGCCUACGAGUGAUUUCUACAACACACUACUGGACUAUUCGGACCUUGUCGCCGAUUUUGAAGCCUGGGAAGCCAGGCGAGGCAAAUUUGCGUUUUGUCAAUAUCCAUUUUUUCUUAGUAUAUGGGCAAAAAUUCAGAUUAUGGAACAUGACGCGCGCCGGCAGAUGGAGGUAAAGGCUAGAGAAGCUUUUUUUGAUAGUAUCAUGACCCACAAGACGGUUAAUCAAUAUCUCAUUUUGAAGGUACGAAGAGAUUGCCUUGUGGAAGACAGCUUGAAAGGAGUCAGCGAAGUGGUAGGCUCAGGUGGAGAGGAGAUCAAGAAAGGAUUGCGGAUUGAAUUCAAGGGCGAGGAGGGCAUUGACGCUGGUGGCCUAAGAAAAGAAUGGUUUCUACUACUGGUUAGAGAAGUCUUCAAUCCUGAGCACGGUAUGUUUACAUACGACGAGGACUCCCAAUUUUGCUACUUUAACCCUAAUAGCUUCGAGACAACGGAUCAAUUCUUUCUCGUUGGUGUCGUCUUGGGUCUUGCCAUUUACAACUCCACUAUCCUCGAUGUAGCGUUGCCCCCUUUCGCCUUCCGAAAACUCCUGGCAGCUGGCCCAGUUGCAGCCCCCGGAGCAACCUCGCAUGCAAAACCAUCUAUGACCUAUUCGUUGGAUGACCUGGCCGAAUAUCGCCCUGUAUUAGCUAAUGGCCUUCGGCAGCUUUUGGAAUUCGAAGGUGAUGUAGAGUCCACCUUGUGCCGGGAUUUUGUGGCCGAUGUUGAAAGAUAUGGCCAGCUAAUCCAGAUCCCCCUUUGCCCUGACGGAGAGGAACGCCCUGUUACCAACGCAAAUAGACGAGAGUUCGUAGAUCUCUAUGUGCGAUAUCUUCUCGAUACUGCCGUUGCUCGUCAAUUCGAACCAUUCAAGAGAGGUUUCUUUAGUGUCUGCGGUGGCAACGCUCUUUCAUUAUUCCGACCUGAAGAAAUUGAACUUCUCGUUAGAGGCUCGGAUGAGCCUUUGGAUAUCGAAUCCCUUCAAGCUGUGUCUAUCUGCGAAAACUGGGGUGUGCCGAAUGCCCACGAAGUAGAGCCAGUGAUACAGUGGUUUUGGCAGUCGUUUCAAAAUGCGAAUCCGAAGGACCAACGAAAGUUACUAAGCUUUAUCACAGGCAGUGAUAGAAUACCUGCUAUGGGCGCGACGAACUUGGUCAUUAAACUGUCCUGUUUAGGGGACGAUAGUCCGAGGUUCCCUGUUGCGCGCACAUGUUUCAACAUGAUUUCAUUGUGGCGCUAUUCAUCCAGGGCGAAGCUUGAAAGAAUGCUUUGGCGUGCGGUUUAUGAAAGCGAGGGAUUCGGGCUGAAGUGA